AUGAGUCUUGAAGUUCAUCCUUCUACCAUUGGGUGUCUAUUAAAAAAUAAGAAUAAUAUUGGGAAUAAUUUAUCCACAAAAAGGCAGAAGACAGUACAAUAUCCAGAUCUUGAAAAUUCUUUACUUGACCAAAUAACACAACAUGGUGAAGAUGUGUCUGUAGAUGAUAAUGUUGUCGCAGCUGCAAUUUCUAAAUUAAGAGAAUUAUUAAAUAAUUAUGAGUUAAAAGAUAUUUACAAUAUGAAUGAAAUUGGCCUUGAACCCAACACUACAUUAGCGAUAACUAGUUUUAAGGAUAGAAAAAAAAAUAAAGAACGAUUAACUGUAGCAUUUUGUGUUAACGCUAAUAGAACAAAUAAACUUAAGCCAUUUGUAAUUGGAAAAUAUCCAAACCCACGCUGUUUUAAAGGUAUCAAACAUAACAGACUUGGUGUAAUAUAUGGAAGUAGUGCUAAUGCAUGGAUGACAACCGUAUUAUUUCAACAAUGGCUUAAAGAAUUCGACUUAAAAGAUGGCUAG